AUUCUUCUGUUUGUUUUAUUGUGUUUCAACAUGGGUUCUGGAGAUUGAAUUUGGAUCCUCAUGCUUGAGCAAUAAGCACUUCCAGGUUGCUUCUAUAACUGGAUCACAAGUUUGCUGCACAAAGUACAAUGUCUCGAUCCCGGCAGCCCCCACUUGUGACAGGCAUCUCUCCAAAUGAAGGGAUACCUUGGACCAAAGUAACAAUUAGAGGGGAGAACCUGGGUACUGGUCCCACUGACCUUAUAGGCUUGACAAUUUGUGGACAUAAUUGCCUCCUCACGGCAGAAUGGAUGUCUGCGAGUAAAAUUGUCUGUCGAGUGGGACAAGCCAAAAAUGACAAAGGGGAUAUUAUUGUCACAACCAAGUCAGGGGGCAAAGGAACCUCAACUGUCUCUUUUAAGCUACUCAAACCUGAAAAAAUAGGCAUUUUAGAUCAGUCUGCAGUGUGGGUGGAUGAAAUGAAUUAUUAUGAUAUGCGGACAGACAGGAACAAAGGGAUUCCUCCCUUGUCUCUCCGUCCUGCGAAUCCUCUCGGCAUUGAGAUUGAAAAAUGUAAACUUCCUCAGAAGAACUUAGAAGUGUUAUUCCAUGGCAUGAGUGCUGAUUUUACAAGUGAGAAUUUUUCAGCAGCCUGGUAUCUCAUAGAGAAUCACUCCAACACCAGUUUUGAGCAGCUCAAGAUGGCAGUCACCAACCUCAAAAGGCAGGCCAACAAGAAGAGCGAGGGUAGUCUGGCGUAUGUGAAGGGUGGCCUCAGUACCUUCUUUGAAGCUCAAGAUGCUCUCUCAGCUAUCCAUCAAAAACUAGAAGCAGAUGGAACAGAAAAAGUAGAAGGAUCCAUGACACAGAAAUUGGAGAAUGUCCUCAAUAGAGCAAGUAACACCGCUGACACGUUGUUCCAAGAAGUGUUAGGGCGGAAGGACAAGGCAGACUCCACUAGGAACGCACUCAAUGUGCUUCAGCGUUUUAAAUUUCUCUUCAACCUUCCUCUCAAUAUUAAACGGAAUAUUCAAAAGGGGGAUUAUGAUGUGGUUAUUAAUGAUUAUGAAAAAGCCAAAUCGCUCUUUGGGAAAACAGAGGUGCAAGUUUUCAAGAAAUAUUAUGCUGAAGUAGAAGCAGGAAUUGAAGAUCUAAGAGAGUUACUUUUAAAGAAAUUGCUGGAGACUCCAUCAACCUUACAUGACCAGAAGCGCUACAUAAGGUAUCUUUCUGACCUCCAUGCACCUGGUGACCCUGCUUGGCAAUGUAUCGGAGCUCAACACAAGUGGACCCUCAAGCUCAUGCAAGACUGCAAAGAAGGCCACAUGAAGAGCCUAAAAGGUAACCCAGGCCCGCACAGCCCCAUGCUCGACCUAGAUAACGAUGUGCGCCCAGCAGUGUUGGGCCAUCUCAGCCAGACAGCGUCACUGAAGAGGGGCAGCAGCUUUCAGUCUGGCCGAGAUGACACAUGGAGGUACAAGACUCCCCACAGAGUGGCAUUUGUUGAAAAAUUAACCAAGCUUGUGUUAAGUCAGCUGCCUAAUUUCUGGAAACUCUGGAUUUCAUAUGUUAAUGGAAGUCUUUUCAGUGAGACUGCUGAGAAGUCAGGCCAGAUGGAAAGAUCAAAGAAUGUGAGGCAGAGACAAAAUGAUUUCAAGAAAAUGAUUCAAGAAGUAAUGCACUCCCUGGUGAAGCUGAUCCGGGGCGCCCUGCUCCCACUCAGCCUCCGAGAAGGGGACGGGAGGCAGUAUGGCGGCUGGGAGGUGCAGGCAGAGCUCUCAGGGCAGUGGCUCGCUCAUGUCAUCCAGACCAUAAGGCUGACAUAUGAAUCACUGACCGCCCUGGAGAUUCCCAAUGACACGUUACAGAUUAUCCAGGACCUAAUUUUGGAUCUCCGUAUACGUUGCAUAAUGGUGACGUUGCAGCAUACAGCUGAAGAAAUAAAGAGACUAGCUGAGAAGGAAGAUUGGAUUGUUGACAAUGAAGGAUUGACUUCCCUACCAUGUCAGUUUGAACAGAGCAUUGUUCACUCCCUGCAGUCAUUGAAGGGUGUUGUCGAUUGCAAACCUGGAGAAGCCAGCGUCUUUCAACAGCCUAAAACGCAGGAGGAAGUUUGCCAAUUAUGCAUCAGUAUCAUGCAGGUUUUUAUAUACUGCCUGGAACAACUGAGCACCAAGCCUGAUGCAGACAUAGAUACUACUCAUCUUUCUGUUGAUGUUUCUUCUCCUGAUUUGUUUGGAAGCAUCCAUGAAGACUUCAGUUUGACUUCAGAGCAGAGGCUUUUGAUAGUCCUGAGCAAUUGCUGCUAUUUAGAACGUCACACCUUUCUAAACAUAGCAGAACAUUUUGAAAAGCACAACUUCCAGGGAAUAGAAAAAAUAACACAGGUUAGCAUGGCAUCACUGAAAGAACUGGAUCAACGACUCUUUGAAAAUUACAUUGAGCUAAAAGCAGAUCCUAUUGUUGGAUCCUUGGAGCCUGGGAUAUAUGCAGGCUAUUUUGAUUGGAAAGACUGUCUGCCUCCAGCAGGUGUCAGAAACUAUUUAAAAGAAGCAUUGGUGAAUAUAAUUGCUGUGCAUGCAGAGGUGUUCACUAUUUCCAAAGAACUGGUGCCACGGGUCCUGGCCAGAGUGGUCGAAGCCGUCUCUGAAGAGCUGAGCCGGCUGAUGCAAUGUGUCUCAUCCUUCAGCAGAAAUGGAGCAUUGCAGGCCAGACUUGAAAUCUGUGCUCUGAGGGACACUGUAGCCAUUUACCUGACCCCGGAAAGCAGGUCUAGUUUUAAACAGGCCCUGGAGGCCCUGCCUCAGCUUGCAAGUGGUGCGGACAAAAAGUUACUGGAGGAGCUGCUCAACAAGUUCAAGAGCAGGAUGCACCUGCAGCUCACCUGCUUCCAAGCUGCGGCUCCAACAGUAAUGAAAACAUAGGCUCUGUGCAAGAAGAGAACCAGACAUGGCGAAUGGGAGACUGUCCUCGUCCUAUGCCAGAGAGAGACUCCGGUCCAAGCACUGCAUUUAACUUCUCUCUUUUCCCCAGCAUGAUGGUGCAGAAAGAUGCUGAUGGGUAUUUAAUUUCAACCUGUUUAAAUGUCCAAAUAAGCAAUCCUUGUUAUUACUAGCUUUGGUCCUUGUAAGGCUGUGUAGCAUACUCUUCAGAAUGUUUUUCUUAGCUCAGUGUUCCUUGGUUUGAGUUUUGGGGGCUUCUCCAGUGUGGUCCAAAAGUGGCCCAUGGUGUUUGUUAAUACGCUUCUCAGUGCCCCUCUACUAGCCCUCGCUGUUGGCAGUUUCCAGCCCAGGUCAGGAUUUGAGAAGAGAUUUGAAGUCACAGGUUUUGGAGCUUCAUCCCAAACUUUAAAACCACCAUUUCAUACAAGUAGUCCUAAGCUCCUUUUUUUUUUUUUUGUAAAGAAAAGUAUACAGUCUACAUAUGAAAAUAUUAAUAUUUGGAUAAUUUGUGAUCCAGAAGUCCUCGGAUGAAUUCUGAAUUUCAUAGUCUGACUUUCAUUUUUCCCAGUGCUGAACACUGAAGCUUCUGGUUCUCACCCUUAAGUUGAUGCGUCACUGUGCAGUGGUGUGGGGAGGGUUCGCAAGGACCUCUAUGUGGAGGCCCUGUCAUACCCACAAGCCCUGUGGAAGGCUUGUGGUCUUCAAUGCAACCUAAAGAUGAAGCCAGGCUCGGCAAGGCAACACUCCCAACCCUCCUGCAGGUCACUCCCCUCUGCCACUGCCCAUACUUCGAAAUGUCUUCCUCCAUAGCUGGAAAGAUUCUGCUCUGGCACAGGCUGUGUUUUGUAAAGAUUUGAGGUCCCCGGGUGACCAGGCACUGAGCAGUGACUAACAGCUGAGUGGCUUGCAUAGUAGAAUCAGGUCACUGUGACCGGCAAGCAGCAUUCACCUCACUCCAUGCUCCCCUCAGCUUCUGUUGUUCACUCUUCAGACCGACCCGUGGAUAAUGUUGACCCCUCUCUUCCAGCUGACAAAACAAAUUCUGUGUCACUUUUAGUUCAGGUAAUUCCUGAGCACAGUUUGUAUGUACAUUAUGGAUUAUUUGAGGUGAAUAAAUGUAUAUUUAUUUAUCACAGUAACUGGAAGUACAAAUUUAAUCCUUUGUUGGCAAAAUAAGUAUGUCUACCAUUGUCUCCUCUCAGUGCACUGGUAUAUCUAACAUAACCAAACAAAUAAAUUCCAAAGCAGAAGUACAGAACCAUUUGUAAUUUUAAACACCUAAUAAAUACAGUACACAAAGGCAGUAGUCUUCCUUCUCUGUAAGACUUCUAAAUAUCUUUAUUUCAACAUUUUUAUUAGCUCUGUAAUUUAUAUUCCUGAUUAUAAAAUCCAAAAUAAAUAGUGGGGUUCUCUAUUUUA